CUCUCCGGAAGUGCCGGGCUAGCUGUAAGAAUAGCGGCUUUCUCGAGCGCUGAACCUGGUGGGUUGCAGUUCUGGGGUCCUGGUGACCGCGCAGGAGCAGGGUUGGAGCGGGGCGUUGGGGCUGAGCGGCAGGAUGAUGGAGGAGGAGGAACUGGAGUUCGUAGAGGAGCUGGAGGCCGUGCUGCAGCUCACGCCUGAGGUGCAACUAGCUAUCGAGCAGGUAUUUCCAAGCCAGGAUCCUCUCGAUCAAGCUGACUUCAAUGCCGUUGAGUAUAUCAACACUCUGUUCCCAACAGAGCAAUCUCUGGCAAACAUAGAUGAUGUCGUGAGCAAAAUUAGACUGAAAAUAAGGAGACUGGAUGACAAUAUCCGGACUGUCGUAAGAGGUCAGACAAAUGUGGGGCAGGAUGGAAGGCAAGCUCUCGAAGAGGCCCAGAAAGCCAUUCAGCAGCUCUUUGGCAAAAUCAAGGAUAUCAAAGACAAAGCAGAAAAAUCAGAACAAAUGGUGAAGGAAAUCACCCGAGAUAUUAAGCAGUUAGACCAUGCCAAGCGCCACCUGACCACCUCAAUCACGACACUGAACCACCUGCACAUGCUGGCCGGUGGGGUCGACUCCCUGGAAGCCAUGACCAGGCGCAGACAAUACGGAGAAGUUGCUAAUCUCCUUCAGGGUGUCAUGAAUGUUCUGGAGCACUUUCACAAGUACAUGGGGAUCCCACAGAUCCGGCAGCUUUCUGAAAGGGUGAAGGCUGCGCAGACUGAGUUGGGACAGCAGAUCCUGGCUGAUUUUGAAGAGGCGUUUCCUUCUCAGGGUACCAAGAGGCCGGGAGGACCCAGCAAUGUCCUGAGAGAUGCGUGCCUGGUGGCUAACAUUUUGGACCCCAGAAUCAAACAGGAAAUCAUCAAAAAGUUUAUUAAGCAGCAUCUAUCAGAAUAUCUGGUACUUUUUCAAGAAAACCAAGAUGUCGCCUGGCUGGACAAAAUUGAUAGACGUUAUGCCUGGGUGAAACGUCAGCUUGUGGACUAUGAGGAGAAGUAUGGUCGGAUGUUCCCACGGGAGUGGUGCAUGACGGAGAGGAUCUCAGUAGAAUUCUGUCACGUGACGAGGACAGAACUUUCCAAAAUCAUGCGAGCCAGAGCUAAGGAAAUUGAAGUGAAACUGCUUCUCUUUGCGAUUCAGAGAACAACUAACUUUGAGGGGUUUCUUGCAAAACGCUUCUCCGGUUGCACUCUGACAGACGGAACCCUGAAAAAGCUGGAGUCCCCACCGCCAUCUACCAAUCCCUUCCUGGAAGACGAGACAACACCCGAGAUGGAGGAGCUGGCGCUGGAGAAAGGCGAGUUAGAGCAACCAAAGAAGCCCAAGGCCCCAGACAAUCCAUUUCAUGGCAUUGUUUCCAAGUGUUUUGAGCCUCAUCUCUACGUGUACAUUGAGUCCCAGGACAAAAACCUCAGCGAGCUGAUAGACCGAUUUGUGGCAGAUUUCAAAGCCCAGGGCCCACCAAAGCCUAACACUGACGAAGGGGGUGCUGUACUCCCCAGCUGCGCCGACCUCUUUGUCUACUACAAGAAGUGUAUGGUGCAGUGCUCACAGCUCAGCACAGGCGAGCCCAUGAUCGCCCUGACUACCAUAUUCCAGAAGUACCUCCGAGAAUACGCCUGGAAGAUCCUCUCCGGCAAUCUGCCUAAGACCAGCAGCAGCAGCGGGGGACUGACCAUCAGCAGCCUCCUCAAAGAGAAGGAGGGCUCUGAAGUGGCCAGGUUCACUCUGGAGGAGCUGUGCCUCAUCUGCAGCAUCCUCAGCACAGCCGAGUACUGUCUGGCUACCACCCAGCAGCUGGAAGAGAAACUCAAAGAAAAAGUUGAUGUCAGUCUGACUGAGCGAAUUAAUCUCACGGGGGAAAUGGACACAUUCAGCACUGUCAUCUCCAGCAGUAUCCAGCUGCUGGUUCAGGAUCUGGAUGCGGCCUGUGAUCCUGCCCUGAUUGCCAUGAGCAAGAUGCCGUGGCAGAAUGUGGAGCACGUUGGUGACCAGAGCCCUUAUGUCACUUCCGUUAUUCUUCACAUUAAGCAGAAUGUUCCCAUCAUCCGUGACAACCUGGCUUCCACACGGAAAUACUUCACACAGUUCUGCAUUAAAUUUGCAAACUCAUUCAUUCCCAAAUUCAUCACCCAUCUCUUCAAAUGCAAGCCAAUCAGCAUGGUGGGAGCAGAGCAGCUGCUGCUGGACACCCACUCCCUGAAGAUGGUCCUGCUCGAUCUCCCAUCCAUCGGCUCACAGGUGGUGAGGAAGGCGCCUGCCAGUUACACUAAGAUUGUCGUGAAAGGCAUGACCCGGGCUGAAAUGAUCCUCAAGGUGGUGAUGGCCCCUCAUGAACCGUUGGUGGUGUUUGUUGAUAACUACAUCAAACUCCUUACGGAUUGCAACACAGAAACCUUCCAGAAAAUUCUGGACAUGAAGGGGCUGAAGAGGAGCGAGCAGAGCAGCAUGCUGGAACUGUUUCGGCAGAGGCUCCCUGCCCCGCCCUCAGGGACAGAAAGUUCCAGCACACUGUCCCUAAUGGCUCCGACACCGGAGCAGGAAUCAUCCCGCAUCCGCAAACUUGAGAAACUGAUUAAAAAGAGACUGUAAGGAAUAUACAGACAUUGCCAGAGACCCUGAGCAACUAACUGAUUUCUGGAAACCCUCACUCUCAGGACUCUAGGUCCUUAGUCUUGAAACCCCUGGGGUCAUUACGGUUAUUAAAAUAUCUCCCCCAUACCCUGUCUUAUUAUCUAUGCCAGUCAGGGAAGCUGAGUGAAACUGGGUUCUAAAAAGGCAUUUUUUAGAUUAUCUCCCAUUCCUGAAGUGGGAAAGCAUUGGGUGAAAGGUCCUCGUGGUUCACUUCCAUCCCCAGGCUGCCUGUGAUGGUUAAAUUGUCACCGACUCAUGUCACCUCACUGCAUAGUCCUCCCCACCAGCUCUGGGCCUUACUAGCCUGUGCCUGCAGCUUGACUGAGGAAGCCUGGAUCUCACCCCUUCCUCCCUCUGCAUUUGAGGUCAAAGCCUCUACAACCAGGGUCCUUUUCCCUCCCUGUCUCUGGAAUUGGCUUGGGGCUGAGUGACCCGAGUGGCAGAUGACAGAGUGGAAUACUGGCCUCUCUUUGUCAGGACCCUGCCAGAAUUGGCACAUCCCACGUUAAGUGCUGCUUUCUAGGACUUAAAUCUACUGUCUUCCAUGACAUGGCCAAAUUACCCCUGUGUCCUCUGACAUCUGUUUACUCCCUAAAAGAGAGCUGCCCACUGAUUCUCUUGCACAUCGAGGAGAUGGACUAUGGAGGCCGGUGUGCCCAGCCUUGGCAGCAGGUAUCUUGCCUAUGAUUGCCUGAGCUGACGUAGAGACAGAGUGUGCAUGGCGCUCUCCCUGCUCACAUGAACACAUUGUCCAGCCCACUUCACUUUGCUCCUGGAUCCUAGGGAGGAGACUGUCUUCUGAGGCACUAGGAAGGUCCCUUGGAAGGGCUUUCUUGACAGCAGCUGUGGGAAGGAAGACACAGUAAAUAUGACCACCUGACUUCCCGCUCCCUGUACAUUUCAAGUCUAGAGUACCUCCUAGAGUCCCUGAACCAUGGUGGCCGCAUAUGGCACCACAGUGGCCCAUCAUUACUACUAAGAAAACCACCUAGGAACGUGAUGACUAGCCUCGCACCCCAGGCUCAGAACCUUAAACAGCCCAGAGCAUAGCCCAACCCUGUUCUGCCCACGCUGCCGACCACCAGCUCGUGAAAUCAAGCUCUGCAGUGGGAAAUCACCCCACCUCCAGGGAAUGGGUGCCUCACCAGGGCCGGCAUUAACCUGCUCUCUCGGCUCACAUGAAACCAAGGUUACAUGACCACUACCUCAGUGUGACCACCUUUAGUGACAGCUUUUGGUAGUAUAAACUUGUCAACCAGUAGGACAGGAAGAUCUGGGCCCUUAAGUCAGUCCCAGAGCUCGGUGCUGCUCCUCCUACACCACCACGGCCAAGAGCUCAUCUGGCUAUUUCCAGCUACCCAUAAUGCUCAGCUUGGGUCCUGGGCCCUGUGUCUCUUUCUCUUUUCUUUUUGGUUCUUUUGACCACUACGCUCCACCCCAGCCCUAGCGCCUCAUCUCUUCAUCAGUGUCUAAACUGUUCUUGCUAGUCGGUAUAACUCUUAGGUGUUGAGCAUUUCGAAAUUCUAAAUGGCAAGAAAACCAGUGGCAAGGAGCAUCGUAACUUAGAUGAGCGCAGCUCCCUGGUGCUGAGCAGAGGCUCCGCUGUGCUGCUCUGUGGGCCCAGGGGCUGUGUGGCCCAUCCUAAUUUGGAAAGAAGCCAUUGGGCUAUCUCCAGACAGCACGGCCACUUCAGCCACCUGCCACCCACCCAGGGGAGCUGAGAGGCCAGUGGGCUCCUCCCCCACCAGGCCACUGUCACCAUCCUCGCACCGCUUACUACACUUCUCUUUUUGGUUCACUCACGAGAGGCUGGUUUUCCAGCCAUCUCCGUGAUGGCAUUGAGAUGUCAAGCCGCGAUUUCUCCCAGUCGGUGGUCACAGCCAGCCACGUUCCUCCCUUGAUGUAUUACACUGUCGGUAAUCACCGAGGGGCCAGCAGAUAGAUGUCAGUAGGAGUUAUGUUAGAUGUCUUCUUGAUGAGGACUGAAUACCGUGUGUGCUGUAGAGACAGCCUAUUCCUCACCUGGGGAAUGCAUUAGAGUCCCCUGGGGCCCUUUGAAAAAUGCAGAUGUCUAGAGGCUUAACUCUAAGUCUGCAGUGAGGCCUGGUGUGUAUAUGUUUGGAAGCUGUCAGUAUCCACAGGAGACUGAUUCCAGGACCACACACACCCCAUGCAGAUGCUCUCUCCCUUCUAUACAAUGGCAUAGUGUGUGUAAAUAAUCUAAACACAUCCUCUCAUAUGCAUAAUGCCUCAUAUGAUAUAAAUACUACAUAAAUUUG